ACUCAAUGUGCGCAUCCCUUGUUUUCCCCAAACCAGGAUUUCCCAUUCCCAACCCCUGGGAGGCUGUGAGGAAGAGGAAGAUGCCCCGGGACACUGAGGCAGAGCAGGAGCUGAGCAUGGAGAGCAGAGAGGACAAAUGCCUGCAGCAGAACCUGGUGGAAGAGGCCGUUUUGAGCGGCUCCACGGCGCAGGAAGCCAACGGGGAGGAAAAGCCCCCGAGAUGCCGCACGAGGAGGGGCUGCAAACGCAGCUGGCGGGGAUCUGAGGGGGAAAGAGCCGGCCUGGGCUGGGAAGACAGACGGAGAUGGAGCCAGAGCUCGGAGCUCCAUGAGCAGCUCCAUGAUGGGGAGAAGCCCCACAUGUGUGGGGAGUGUGGGAAGAGCUUCAGGUGGAACUCCCUCCUGAUUGAGCACCAGAGGACCCACACUGGGGAGAGGCCCUACGAGUGUGGGGAGUGUGGGAAGCGCUUCAGGUGGAGCUGUGACCUGAUCAAGCACCAGAGGACCCACACUGGGGAGAGGCCCUAUGAGUGUGGGGAGUGUGGGAAGAGCUUCUCACAGAGCUCCCACCUCAUCAUGCACCACAGGACCCACACUGGGGAGAGGCCCUAUGAGUGUUCCAAGUGUGGGAAGAGGUUUCAGAUCAGCUCCCGUCUAAUCAGGCACUAUCACAGUCACACCGAGGAGAGGCCCUUCCAAUGCCCCGACUGCGGGAAGGGAUUCAGGGACAACUCCACCCUCAUCACCCACCGGCACAUCCAAACCGGGGAGAGGCCCUACGAGUGUCCCCAGUGUGGGAAGAGUUUCUCCAGCAGCUCUCAGUUGACCAAACACCAACGGAGUCACCGGUAAGCGAAGCCCUGCAAG